AUGCUCGGAGGGAGCUCGGAGCGAGAGUCCUCCCCAUCCAACUCAACCGCGUCCACCGGAGAAUCACCCAUGCCUAUCGCAACAGGCCACCCCGACUCAAAUCCUGAAUCGCCGCCUCAGGGCCAGUCCGCCAGCACCGAUGUGUCGCCUCCGUCAACCCUAGAGUCCUCCAACCCGACUCCGGCAUCCGUCGCUCCGGCCCAGGCCUCUCAAGAGGCUUCUGCAGCCACGUCCGCCGACCCCCCCAAGAAACACACGCUGUUGCCGAUUCCGUCGCGUGCAUCCUUGAAGGCGGACAGACAAUCCACCCUGGACAAAAGCCAAGACACCGCCCACGAUGACUCCGAGAAUACCCUUCGGGGUUCGAAAAGAAGCAUCCUGAAAGGCCGGAGGGACAGGAGCAGAGGCAGCAGUAUGAGGUCACGUCGGCAAAACCAGGAGGGGGCCAGCAUGGAGGAGGACAAGACGGCGAGUCCGGACCUGCGUGAUCCCACCAAGCCGGAAAGGAGGAACAAGGUGUCCUACAGGCUAUUUGCCUUCCUGAGCUGCUGCUCCUCCUCGAAUGACGACCCGGAAGAUGCUGCCAUCCCAGCGAAGAGAACUUCCAGACGGCCUUCGGUCCCGAGCACGCAACCCACCCCGGAAAAGACGGACGUCAAUGCCGGCGAUUCGAGUACCGGGGAAUCCAAGGAACAGAACUUCUACCGGGACGAGAAGCCAAACAUGACCGUGACGUCGAACCAGUCUAUGUCUCAGGUGGACGAAGAGCGCACCGUCACCGCUCCCGAGCAUGGCUCGCAGCUCGACGGCACGACGGCACCAUCCGGUUCAGCGGAGGCAGAUAAAGAAGCUGGCGUUGAAUCUCGGGGUCCUGAGGCAGAUGAGGGUGCCCAAACCGCGGCCGCUGAAGUGGGCGCUGUUCCCAGCGAACCGGAGGCACAGGCCGAGAAAACGGAGGAGCAGACAAUCCCCACGCCAACAGAGAAGGCCGAAGAACCUGUUCCCGAGACCGACGACCUGGUUCAGCCACCGGGGCCCGAAACCAGCCCUGUAGACGAGAAGACAACUUCCCACGAUGAAGACGCCGUGUCGCCCACCGAAUUGCCUCCUCCCCCGGUAAUGCCGCUAGGGAAACAAGCAGAGACCCAGCCGGACGGAUCGCCAUUUCUCCUGCCUCCAGCUCUCCCUCACCUGCGGGAAAGGAAGUGCUUGGUUCUCGACCUGGAUGAAACAUUGGUCCACAGCAGCUUCAAGGUUCUCGAGCGCGCGGAUUUCACCAUCCCGGUCGAAAUUGAGGGUCAGUACCACAACAUCUAUGUGAUCAAGCGGCCCGGGGUCGACCAAUUCAUGAAACGCGUCGGCGAGCUGUAUGAGGUGGUUGUUUUCACCGCUUCCGUAUCCAAGUACGGUGACCCUCUGCUCGACCAACUCGACAUCCACAAUGUUGUCCACCACCGGCUAUUCAGAGAUAGCUGUUACAACCACCAGGGCAACUACGUCAAGGUUAUAGGCCGCGACCUGCGAGACACGAUCAUCAUCGACAACUCUCCGACGUCCUAUAUUUUCCACCCUCAACAUGCGAUACCCAUCAGCAGCUGGUUCUCUGACGCUCACGAUAACGAGCUUCUUGAUCUGAUUCCUGUUCUUGAAGACCUUGCCGGGGCCCAAGUGAAAGACGACCGAAACGGCUGGGACGGAAAACUCCGCGUCGAACCAAAGGCCGUCAUCACCAACCCGGAAGCCCUCGAGGACCCGGAUUACUCGGAUGAGGAUGCGCCGCCCGUGGAGGAGAUUCAGGCUGAUGAGGAUUUAUUGGAGGAUGAGGAUCCGGAGGCUGAGAAAAUAUGCCUCCGCCAAAACCACAUCUCGCGCGUCGACUUCCCGACGAACGUGGCGAAAUCGCUGACGGACCUCGAUCUCUACGACAACCUGAUAUCGCACAUGAAGGGGCUGGACGAGUUCGAGCACCUGACCAGUCUGGACUUCAGCUUCAAUAAGAUCAAACACAUCAAGAACAUCGCGCAUCUGGUCAAAUUGACGGAUCUGUAUUUCGUGCAGAAUAAGAUCACGAGGAUUGAGGGGUUGGAGACCUUGGUUGCGUUGAGGAAUUUGGAGCUGGGGGCGAAUAGGAUUAAGGAAAUCGAGAAUCUGGAUACGCUGGAAGCGCUGCAGGAGCUGUGGCUGGGGAAGAACAAGAUUUCCGAGCUGAAGAACCUCGACGCCCUCUCCAACCUCCGCAUCCUAUCCAUCCAGUCGAACCGUCUCACGAAAAUCAGCGGCCUCUCGAAGCUGAAAAACCUGGAGGAACUGUACGUCUCGCAUAACGCGAUCACCGACCUCGCUGGCCUGGAGGAGAACACGUCGCUGCGCGUGCUGGACUUCUCCAACAACCAGGUCUCCAAGCUCGAGCACCUGUCUCAUCUGAAACAGCUGGAGGAACUGUGGGCGUCCAACAACCAGCUGGCCAACUUCGAUGAGGUGGAGCGCGAGCUCCGCGACAAGGAGAACCUGCAGACCGUGUAUUUCGAGGGAAACCCGUUGCAGCUGAGAGCUCCCGCGCUUUAUCGGAAUAAGGUCCGGUUGGCGAUACCGCAUAUUAUGCAGGUUGAUGCGACGUAUAUCCGGGUCACCUAG